CGAACACGAACGCAAACACGUCGCUGGAAACAGUCGGUGGCGAAACGUCGACGGGUCCGCGCGAAAAUGGCGGCGUUCCGUUACACACAUGCCGUUGUGUGUCGAUUGCCUCUUUCCUUAAAAACCCGAUCGAAAAUCGACCUAGACGAGGCAAAGAAACAACACGAAAACUACGUGAGACUAUUGAGGGAACUGGGAUUGGACGUUAUCGAAUUGCCGCCCGACGAGAGUUUGCCGGAAUGUGUUUUCGUCGAAGACACUGCGGUGGUUUGUAAUGGUACCGCAUUGAUAACGCGACCAGGUGCGCAACAUCGUACCAAAGAAAUUGAAACAAUCAGAGUAGUAUUAAAGAAAGAAUUAGAUCUUCCGAUCAUUGAAAUGUCCGACGCCAAAGCACGACUGGACGGUGGAGACGUUCUGUUUACCGGCCGGGAAUUUUUCGUGGGGAUCAGCCAAUGGACGAACGAGGGCGGCGCCCGAGCUGUGGCGGCAGCAUUUCCCGAAUAUCCAUGCACUCCCAUCAAGGUAAAACCGGAGACUUUAAUCGGUCCAAAUAAGAGCUUGGACAAGGUUCCCGAACCGAAGCACCUGAAAUCAUACAUAACGAUGGGCGGACCGGAUCUACUUUGCGUGGGGUCAGGAAAGGAAGCGCAGGAAGUCCUGAAACGGAUGGAACGCGAGGCGACUUUCAGUUAUCAAACUCUCACGUUGCCUGAAGACACUGCUGCUAAUGUUUUGUAUUUGAACGGCACUCUGGUUCACAGAAGUAUAGAAGAAAUACCACUUUCCUUUAAGGUAUUCGGAGACAAAAUAGAUUAUCCGAGACGUUCGGUGAAUGUGUCCCAGCUGGCAGAAGCAUCUUGCGGAUUAACGUCAAGUUGUAUACUAGUCCGAAGAUCCAGGCAUAUAAGAAAUUUAUAAUUUAUAAUUUAAAACCCUAGUUAUACCACCUCAGGUCUUCAUUAAGCUAAUUUAUUCAACAAUUAAUAACAUCAUUAGAUUUCAUGGAAAAAUUAUACGCAAAGCGACGUUUCUUUCAAUUUAUUCUUCUCAAUCAAUCAAUCAGACAAGGUGUUAUUAAUUUUGAAAGAAUUGGAUAUGUUAAAAAAACCCUCUUAAAUAAAUUGCAUUUAAAAAUUAAUAAAUAUAUAUAUAUAUAUAUAUAUAUAUAUAUAUAUAUGAAAGUUAUAUAAACGUUAUAGAAUAACAACAAAUUUCUACUUAUUAAAUUAAUUAAUUUUUCCUAAAAGUCAUUUUAAGUAUCUUUACUCAUUCCAGUGAGCAUUUAAUGCAUUUUUUAUUUUAUACAAUUUUACAAAGUAUUUUAUUUUUAUAAAACAUUUUGGAAAGCUUUGGUGCUGAAUGUUGUUGCCAUUUGUCACUUUAACUUAGACUUAUUGCAUAGUUUUCUUUACAUAAAUUCUUUAUUUUUAUGUAUUCGUCCUUGCACAAGAACCAAAAAAUGUGUGUGUCUCAUUCCAAAAUAAGUAUUAAAGCUUUGAGCUAAUUUUAAUUUUUUUACAUUAUAUUUUAUGUUGUUUUUAUUAUUUUCACAACUGGACUAUCGAUAUUUUAGUCCAAUGUGAUUAAACUGAACCCGGUGUUUUUUUGUUUUUUUUCUUAAUUGUCUGAUAGUAAGAAAGCCACAAAAGGAUAGUUGUAUGUAUGUAUGUAUAGAUCUAUCAUCUAGUUGUGUGUUACAUGUGAUUUGGAAUCUCCCUAAAUAAAAUGCUAUAUCCAAA